CGCCAGGCCAGCGGGGACCAGAGGGUAUCGCGUGACCUGUCUUAUUUGUGGCAAAGCAGCACACGCAACAAUUUAACAUCAUGGCAAGUUUUCCUAUAAUUCAAGUAACAGAAGGCGAACAGAGAUCACUAAGACUUUGGGAUGUUUUGGGCGUAAAAUUUCCAGAAUAUUUCACCAAACAUCCAGCGUUGCUCGCCGACUAUAUCUCCAAUUUUGAGACACGACCAGACGACGUUUUUGUGGUUUCCUAUCCUAAGUCAGGUUCGUGCAUCUUCAUUUUAAUUUUGUCGAAAUCAGAUAACUGAAUAACGUUUUCUUUUUUUUUUAAUGGGACCUCCUUCCUAGACAAGUUGAGUCCCUGAGCUCACUUAUACAUAGGCGUCCCAAAUUUUCUAUGUGAACGCCGGUUAAAUAUUAAUACGUGCAACUGAUAAUAUUGCAUAACAAAGCGAUUUAUAGGCUUGGUAUCUAUAUGGAAACAUAUUUAAUUCGAAAAAUAUCGCUUUAUCUUAGGUGACGGUCAUUAGAUUUGAAGUCGGUGGGCUGUUGUCACAGUAGGAGGGCAUGUACUCUUUGAUAAUUCACAAGCUAGAUCAGUUAUAAGCCUUCUUUCCACCAUUUUUUCUGUUUUUUUUUUUUUUCAGCCAGUUGAUUUGCUUCCCCUUUAAGGAUAUUUAGCGCAUCCACAUUGACUUCCUGAAUUGGAGUCUCACCUUUAACACACAGUAGUUUGGAGAUUGUACUGAAAAUUCUCUUCUUAUUCUCUUCUGGCCUUUCUCUUCUUUACCUUUUUUUUUUCUUUGAAAUCAUUUUUGAAUGUUUAAUGAUUUUUGAUAACUCGUUUGGUCACCACCGGCUCCCCCUUCCAUCUUUAAGCUUGCUAGACUUGUCAUACGGGCUGCUCAGGUGAUCUUUGAUAUCUUGCUCUUCCUUCUUAACUUGAAAAUGAAAUGCUAAAACUCGCUAUAAAUUGACCGGUCCCUUGGCUAAUUGUGAAGAAUAAGAAAAUACAGUUACUUUUGCUGUAUUUGUGUUCCUUUCCGCAUUUUGAAGUAAUUGAUUUUGUGAUCCUGUUUAAGUGUAGACCACAAGCAGUCUCUCUUUUUUUCUUGGUCCGUCGAGCAAAACGCGCGAGAUUCGCAAGUGACAACGCGCGUGACUGAACACGCAAGACGAGCCGGAGGCUGCCGCCCUCGUUUCUCCGCUCGACGCUCGCGCGCGUGUGCUCUCCCCCCAUUAAAUCUGAAGAAAAAGAGAGAAUGCUCGCAGUCUAGUCUAAGUAAGUCCAUUACCUGGGGAAAGGGUGGGGGGGGGGGGGUCACUCAAGGAAAGUUUGGGUAGAAGUUUGCCUCCUAGGCCUUCAAACGUUGACUCCGUUUAAAACAAAUAUCUUUCAUUUCGUCUCUCUGUUUAAGACAAGAGGCCUGUUUUUGCGUCUCUGAUUCAUUUUGUUUUGCGUGCAAAUUUCAAUAAUCUUUCAAACUAACGUCAUGGAGUUAUAUUUUUUGGAAAAAAUUGAAGGUACCACACACGUAGACCGCUUAGGAUUCCGGUCUAAAAAGACACGCUGUUCAAGACACCAAUUGGUGAAUCGAAAUUUCAUAAUCUGUUAAAGACUUAAGACCCGUAAACCAUACCCUGUUCAGGGGCGCCCUUUCGCAUAUUAUAGUUUUUAUCACACACAUGUAUGGAUUCUAAAAAAUGAUCAAUCUUCAUUCAGGGACGACUUGGGUGCAGGAAAUCGUCUGGCAAAUCUACAAUAAAGGAGCUGUCAGCAGUGUUAAGCAAGCACUUCGAGUCCCAUUUCUUGAAAUGGCUGCCACUCACGAAAAGCUUGUAGAGCUCAUUCAUCUUAAAACUCUGCCAAGCCCACGCCUGAUAAAGUCCCACCUUACCUACAGCACUACUCCAAGAAGUGCAAACAAAGAUGAUCAGUGUAAAUACAUUUACGUUGCCCGCAACCCAAAGGAUGUAGCAGUGUCAUAUUUUCAUUUUACGGAUUAUUUGAACCUGUUUGGCACUGAUUACAAUGGACCAUGGGAAUUUUUCGCAAAGUUAUUCAUAGAGGGAAAUGGUAAGUUUUAUUAUAUGUAUGCAGUCAUUAUGUAAAUAUACUGCAGGAGGAGAGAGGAUAUUUUUUAAUGUGCAUUAUUUGUCGUAUUCGUGAUUACAGCAUUUUAAGACAUCUCCCACUUGAUUAAAACGAAAAAUAACAACCAUCCUUCUUGAUUAGGAAAGUGAAGUAACGUAACGGCAACGGCAAUGGUCAAGAGAUACGUUUGAUAUAGAGGAAUGAAAAAAAUGGAAGUAAAUCAUACGUACGUGUUAGUAUUGUUUUAAAGUCUUUACGCAUGAAUUCACCUGCCAAAAAGUUGACCAAUCUGAAACUAGAUUGGCUGAAGGCUAAGCGUUAGAAUUUAUUUUUGACGUUUUUCUGUCGGUAAGCUAAACACAAAAACUUAAAGAAUUUUACUGAAGCAAUUAGUUGGUAGCCUCCAAACUAGCUAAUUUUACGAAAGAUGCAUGUCUGGGACUCUCUUCCCCUCCCUUGCAAAGCCUACAUGUCACGCGAUAUUUCAUGGGGGAAACAAGUGUUAAAAUUUGUCGAUAUGAUUAAUUGUGGUCGAGUUUGUUUACUUUCUUAAAACGAUACUACAAAUUUUAGUCGUGCAAAUAUACAGUCGAGUUUCGACAAGUUUUGCUCGCUGUAAAAACAUUUACAGUCAUCACUGCAUUAAAAAAAUAACAACGAUCAAUCCCACCCAUAAUUUGCCAUUAUCGCCUUUUAAGAUGAAAAGUUCUGUAUUUUCUAUUGUCUAGAAUAAACAAAUUUGAUCCACGAGUCCUUAAGUGCGAGCAAAGAUAGCGGGUAUCUUGAGUAAGGUCUGUUGCUUAAUAUUUUGUUUUGAGUAGUUGGCUAUAACGUUUGGAAUGACCAUGUUCUUGACUGGUGGAAACACAGAGAUGAUCCCAAUGUCUUGUUCCUCAAAUAUGAAGAUUUACACAAGGUAAACUAAAGGCAAAGAUUAAUCUGGGUUAUUCAGCGUAAAACAGAGUGAGAUCUGAGUACAAGAUUAAACAAUGCUUAGGCCGUGUUCAGAAGCCGAACUCUGUAUGAGCCGAACCUAAUACAUUGAGUUAAGUUCAUGAAAAGUUCGGCGUCUGAGUCAAUUAGGAACACCUAUUUCAAUGUAGAACGGCUUAGUCGUUCUUCCCACCUAGCCCGGCGGGGAAGUUCGACUUUGGAACGACUUUGGAAAGCUUUGAUUCAGACGCCGAACUUUUCGUGUACCUAACCUAACCUAAUGCAAGCAGUUUGACCAAAAUGAGCAUUUUUCUCCUUUUGAAUUUAGGUCCAGGGGGGAAUUAAGAUCGGCGUCUGAAUCAAUUCUGCCGGUCUAAAUAAUUAGGGGCUGCCUUAAUUCGAAUUAGGUUCGUUCAUGAAAAGUUCGCCUUGAGAACCAGGCCUAAAUAAGAAGUCCCCACGCCCCCCCACCCCCCCCCAAAAAAAAAAUGCAGGUGAUGAAAUUCCGCGAGAAAUGAAUACUUUUGAAAACUGAACCCAAAAGUUGCCAUUUUGUCAUUUUAAAUUCAUGUUUCUCUUACACGAGUAAAUAAAAUUCUUGGAUUACAUUCAUGGACUGCUUUUAUUGAUAAAAUAAUACUUAAUUAAAUGCAGUAUAAUAAUUCUCUAGGUAAAUCUAGAAAAGAACCAUUUUUAUAACAGAAAUGCAAGUUUUGAAAAACAUGGCUGUCAAAACUCGGUUGGCAUGGUAACGUCAACGUUGACGAACACUUCACCACCACUUUUAAAAAAAAUUGUUCCCAGAUAAAUUUCAGGAAAAGUCGGUCACAGCUUUAAGGGUUUUGAAGUGAUUCAGUUUAAUUUAAAGUUUUGGGGGCCUAGGGUUAAUGAAGUCUGAGUUUACCUUUACACACAGCUGCCGGUUAUUUUAGUGUACGCAAGAAGUCACGAGUUUGAGUUGUUUUUCUUUUCUGCGUGGGGGUUGGAGAGGUGGGGAGCACUUUUGCGGUUACCCAUACAUUCUGCUGGAGAUCUCAAACUGUAAAAUGCGUUUCCAAAAUGUAGUUCUCCAGGAGACUGGUUAUGAAAGCCGACAAACACCAAAGUUGAAACCAACGGAUCUGUAGUUUAUGUUAGAAACCCCUUGACCAUGCACAAUCUUUUGUUUUUUGUUCACCAAUUGUGACUGAAUAAAUUAAUGCGAUAUUUCUACCUGUCAGUAAAAUCAAAAUGAUACGAAUGAUAUUGUAUGUUGUGCACGGUCCAAAAAAGGUAUAACAACAUAAUGUAACAAAGGAGUCUAACGGGUUUCAUAACCAUUCCAGUUUAAUUACUACAUGACCUGAGGAAAAACUGAUUUGGUGUGCUGAGAACUUCUUUGAUAAAUAGGUACUUAAAUCUACAACGGUACGGUACUGAAUUAAUAUUAAUUUCUCCUAGGAUCUGCCCUCUCAUGUUCAAAUUAUUGCUGACUUCUUGAACAAGCCCUUGUCAGAUGAACUCUUCAGUCGCAUCGCAAAGCAGUGCACCCUCAAGGGCAUGCAGGAAAAUAUGACAAGUUACACAGUCGACGACAAAGAAAAUACUUCAGCUUUGUUACGAAAGGGCGUGGUCGGAGAUUGGAAGAACUACUUCACUCCAGAGCUGAAUGAGAGAUUUGAUAAAGAGGUGUUGUCAAAACUGAAAGGAACUGGAUUAGAGUUUGAAUUUCAGAUGUAA